UAUAAUUUUUACGGGUGAAAUACUUGCCGCUGACUGCUCCGAAUGUAUGUGUGUAUAGCACGUGCGUACAACUGGUCAAUUCGUGAAUCAACAACAAACAUAUUUAUAUUUUUAAAAACAAAUUAAAAUACGAAAAUUAUAAAAAAAAAAAGUUACCAAUAAUGGCUGACGAGAAAAGUCCUUUAAUUUGUAUACCAGGACAACGACUUUGUUUAUCAAAUAAAUUAAAUUUACCUGGUCCAGGAACUUAUGAAGAAAAUGGUUAUAUCUAUUCAAAGUUAGUUGGUACAGUUGAAAUAAUGAAAGAAGAAAAUACAAAAACGAUAGUAGUUCAUGGUACAAAAGAACAGAGUGUUGUUCCAGCACCUGGUGAUAUUGUUACAGCGAUGGUAACACAAGUGAAUCAACGUUUUUGUAAAUGUAUAAUGAAGUGUAUUGGUGAUAUUAUUCUAACUAGAUCAUACAGAGGGAUUUUAAGAAAAGAGGAUGUACGAGCCACUGAAAAAGACAGAGUAGAAAUGUAUAAAUCUUUCCGACCCGGUGAUAUUAUACUUGCACGUGUUCUACCUAUGACAGAAGCCCACAUAUAUUCUUUAUCAACUGCGGAAAAUGAGUUGGGAGUAGUUUUAGCUCAUAGCGAAGAAGGUGUUUCGUUGAUUCCAAUCAGCUGGACUGAGAUGCAGUGUCCUAAAACAUUAGCAAAAGAAUUGAGGAAAGUAGCGAAAGUUGUACCAGAAAAAGAUGCUAUGGAUAAAAUAAAUAAAUAAUACAAUUAUAAA